AUGAAAUUGGUCCAAGAGAAGGGAGAUCACACUGUUACCUUCACCCUGACGGUAGCUCUAGCUUUCCCAUCAGGUAUGCGAUGUGGAAAAAGUUUGCAGCCUUCGAUUUUUUUAUCUUAGCGGUGUCGUGUUUCAUUCGAUAUAUCUUAUUGUUUAUUAUCUUUAUAACUAAAGGAAAGUGUUUACCAUGUUUUCAUUUACUCGCAGAAUUAUAUUGCUAUGGUAGUGCAAGCUCGAUUUUUUUUUGUAUAGAAAUGUCAAAGACAGACAAUUUGUCCUGCUCUUGUUAGCCUUGUACGGCCAUCAUGCCCAGACAAGAGUGUAACAUUUGUCCGGCUCGUUCGCUGGGAGGCAGACAUUUUUUUUUCUGUGCGACUCUUGUCAUGACAAUGUCUGGAGCUAUAAUUGGUGUUGAGGUUGAAAUCAGGCCGAAUGCUGUCUCUCUCAGGCUCCAAAUGUGUGGGCAGAAGCCUUUCAUUGAUAAUAAAAACAUUUGAUACUUUUAUAUACUUCAUUUUAUUUAUAAAUGUUUAUAUGUUUAUUUUUUAAUUGUCUGUGAUGUUUGAAGAUUUGGAUGAAACAUAGAAUGCAGUUCUAUUGCAGUUCACCUUGUGAGCAGUUUAUGGAGAAUGAUCGAGCACCAACACAAUAGGCACACAUGUGAUUCAAUGGGAACCAACUGUCUAUUCACAAGAUUCACAAGUUUUCUGUUUCUGUAAUGUGGCUUUGAGGGAAAGAAGUUUUUUACUUGAAUAAUGUUACUUUAUGCUCAAAAUCUCCCAUUCACCCCCAUCACAUUAAAUGGGAGUAGUCCUUUCCCCCCCAGAAAAUUUUUUUAUUUUUCAAAUUAGAGUAGGGGGGAGGGGAAUUGAGAGCUGGGCUCUUCCCUUGUCUUAGGAGUAUAAUGAAUAACAUGUUAUUGAAUUUUUUAAGUAAGAUGUUGUAGACAAUGGACUAAAUAACAUUCAUUUAAUUCACAAUUAUCAGAUGACAGUGAGCCCAAACCUGUAAACCGAGGAAUUGCUGCCAUUAAAGGGAAGCGCAAGUUAUUUGAGGCACCAAAACCGCAUCAUUAUUAUCAUUUGGAGUAUAAACUUUUUCCCACUGAUCCUGAGCCGGUGAAGGCAGAUGUUGUAACUUAUGGUGUUGCAGCCAAAAUCUACUCUGAAAGUGACUCUAAGGUGUUGAAGACAUGGAGAGAAGGGGACAGAACUUGGGUUACUUGGACCCACAGGUUUGUUGAGAGUUAUCAUUGAGAAUAGUUAAUUUUUGUACUUUUAUUGUUACAAGAUAAGUAAUGCUUACCUCUGCAACUUUUUGUAUGGCUUUUACGAAUGUACAGUUACACACACAAGGUCAGCAUUGUGAUAUUAGUGCUGUCAAUUACUGAUCAGGUUAAAAAAAACUUUGAUAUUAUUCUGAUAAAAUUUAGUGUGGGCAUUUUGCAAUUAUAAUAAUGAUAAAUAUCGAUUUCCUUGCAACAUUAUGUUUUAGUCACACUGUUCCAGUCACGACAGAGCUUCUACUGAAGCUGUUCAGCCACAACAUGGAUCUCAAGAUCUGGGACACAAAAGACAAGGUGUCUCCACGUGCACGCUUUGAUAGACCCAAGGCCUUUAGGCUCCCUGCAUCAAGGGACCCUGAGGAUCUGGAGGCAGCAAGUGGAGGUGUCAUGCAAAUUGUCACUAAUCAACAGCAAUCAUAUGAAAGCAAUCAGCCAAAACAGUCACGGAUUUUUCACUCAGGUGAGGCUCUCUUCAGUAAAACCAUUACACUUGGGUCUGAAUAUCUCAAUAAGGUUAAAUGUAACGUUUAUCAACUUAUUUGUGGAAUUUUUUCACCUUCAUAGGCUUUUUGAAGCAUCUUUUUACAAAAUUAAUUUACUUUCCUUCCUUAUCUUAACGGUCUCCAGCCAAAAGUAAUUUCAUAAAAAGACGCUUCAAAUGGCCCAAGAAGGCUAAAAAUUAUUACUAACGCAUCAAUUAACAUUUAAUUCAACUUUAUUAAGAUAUUCAGACCGAGAUGUAAUUUCAAUAUGUAAUUUUCAGAGCUUUAUUCAUAACCCUCAUAGAUUUUGUUCAUCUCAUGUUCGUCUCAUGUAGAUUGAAAAAUAAUCUAGAUAGGUUUUCUUGGCUAGACUUUCACUUCUGUUGGACUUCAUAUUAACAAUUAAAAAAAACAAAAAAAAAACACUAGCUUGAGGUGCUGGGAUUGGUAAAUAUACUGGGUAAAAUUACAGCCAUAGUGUUGGAAGGCCACAGUCUGAUAUCCCCUUCUAUAAAAUGAUAAGGGGAAGUGCUUGGAAUUAGAGCACUCCAUUGUGGUUCAUCUUUGGUGCAACAUUGCAGUGGGGUAAUUAAUAAUAGAAGUUUACUUUUUUAUUCUUUUUACUUUUAAUCUGUUUAAAAAGAUGACAAAGAGGCUAAGCAGUACCCAAGAACAGCUCAAGGCCAUGUUCCUGCCAUGUCAGAGAUGGCGUCCAUUCCUGACAACAGAGCCAUCACUGCACCAUCGGUAAGUUUUUUCUUGAGUGGAAGGGGUCCAUUUAGUGAUGUCCUGUAGAUUGAUCCUCAAAAGUGGUCGCUAUCAGUCAGAAGAAGAUUUUCUGCUGUGCACAAGUCCUUCAUUUACACUCCAAUAUAAUUCCUUUGGUUUUUUUUUUUUUUGCUAGCCUCACUUCUUUAGGGUUUUCUUCCCCAGCCAAUGGCUGAGUAGAAAUUUUCCAAAGAGGGCCUGGUGGCCCCAUUUGUUUAAUUUUGGGAGACCCUUUGUCAUGAGAGGGGCCUGAAAGAAAGAGCACCUUAAAGGUGUUUAAACUUAUUUGUAUAGGCUAGUCUGUGAGAAAGCAGGGAAGACAAAGGCAACUGGAACAAUAAGAGGCUAGAAAAUUGAAGUGAAUUUUAUAUACAUGUUAGAGGUGUUAUAGCUAUGUUGUUAUCAUUGAUAUUUUGGAAUACCGUACUAAAAAAACAGUCAAUUCAAAAAGUACUUACACGUAUCAUUGGGCACAAUCAUUGCGUCCCAUUUGAAGCUUACACGUAAACCCAACGGGGCAUUUUUUUCUCGAAUUGCGGAAAUCUCGCAAAGCAGCACUCAAGAAAAAACUGUAGUUAAAUAAUUGAAAUGUGAUUCUUUAUCAUGGUCAAAAUUUUGUGUUAAACCUGCUUUUUUACACACAUGUAAACUCCUUGAGCAUUUCAGUCAUGACCGCCUUUUUGAUCUUAACAAAAAGAACUACUAAUUUCUUGUCCACAGACAUUUCGUUCGUUGUCUUACAUAACGAGUCCAUCAACAGCCACUGGUACUGGUAGCAUGGUCAAAGUUCAGGUUCGAGUGGACGAACAGGACCCCCCACAGUUCAGUCGCUUAGCAACCUUGGCUGGUGUUACUCCACCAAUGACAGAUGCAGAAAUUCAACAGUCAGAACGGAGGAAAAUACGAUCACAAUCGAAGAAAGAGAGGACCAGCUCAAAAUUGGAAGUAAUAAGUAAGAAAGAUGGUUAUUAUCUGCUAGAAACAAUAAAACUAUUUUGUUUCAUUAAAGAGCAGUUUUCAAAUGGGUGUCGGUAGUAAUUUUGGAUUUCCUUGAUUUCGAUGUCGCCACUCUCUCAACCAAUCAGAUGCAAAUCUAACAUCAAUUACUUGGUCGCCCGCGUUUUCCGCGCUUUGGGCCUUUUGCUUGUUUUUACAUUGAGUUUUUAUUGGUUUUUAAAGGUAUUUUCCUUGGUUGUGAUUACUUUACUUUUUAGAUGUAAGACACUCAAUCGGAAAUUUCCUUAAGUCUGUUACUUGGAGAGCUGCUAAAGCUAUAAACAUUAAACGGUUGUGCUACAGAACACAACACGCAGUCGGCCGUUCACGUUACAGAUGCUGUGAAAGUCAUUGAUAAAUACGAGUUUGACUUUCGCCUGUCACCCGUAAGACUAAUCUCGGCCGCCCAAUUCACCAUCGGCAGCCACUCAAGGAAAAAGCUACUGAAACACCUGCAGUUAGUAGCCGUCAGUUUUUGAAUGCAAAUGAUUGAAACGUUUUGCUUCUUUACAGGAAUGAAAACAUCCAAUGCUAAGACCAGCCCAUCCAAGAAGGACCUUGCCUUGGCUGCAGCACACACCAGAACUCAUGGAACAGCAGCGCUCUCGGUGAAGAUGUGCACGUUUUUUUCUGGUGCAAAAUCGACGACGACAAAACUGGGAAAAUCCGUGGGCACUAUAGAAGAACUUCUGCUUUCUGUAUCACUUGACAAUGAUCUCCUGUCAGGAAUUCAGAAGCGAGUGCUCAACCCCAUGGUAAUAAGAGUGUCAUCGGCGAGUGAACUGCCUUGUAAACCAAUGACGUAUAUGCAACUCAGGGAAAAGUGAGUAUGGUUUUAGAAUUUAAUUAGCGGGAAAAGACUGGCACGAGUCGGAGAGGAAUUCCGAGUUGGCGAGACGUUCAUUUCGUUAUUCCUCUCGGACUGCGCAUUAAAAUAGAGAAAUAAUUGUUUUGAUCCUUUGAAAAAAGUGCUUCCGUAAUGGGUGUAUUAAGUGCUCUGAUGCCUUCAGACGUUUUCUCAGAUGGUGAAAAAAUAAACUUGCUGGCCUUUUUUUUACAUUGAUGGUCAAUUAUUGCCGAGGUCAUAACGGUUUCUGUUGCAUUACAGUCAGACCGCACCAUGUGUUCGUGGUUGAUAAUUGUUGACAUGAGACGAACAAAAUCUAUGAGGGUUUAUGAAUAAAGCUCUGAAAAUUGCAUAUCUAAAUUACAUCUCGGUCUGAAUAUCGCAAUAAAGCUAAAUGAAAUGUUAAUCGAUGCAUUUGUAGUAUUUUUUUCGCCUUCAUGGGCUGUUUGAAGGGUCUUUUUACGAAAUUUCUUUCGGUCGGAGGCCGUUAAGAUACGAAAAUAAAGAAAAAUAAUUUCGUAAAAAGACGCUUCAAACAGCCCAUGAAGGCUACAAAAUACCACGAAUGAGUUGAUGAACAUUUUGUUUAACUUUAUUGAGAUAUUCAGACCGAGAUGUAAUUUUGACAUGCAAUUUUCAGAACUUUAUUCAUAACCCUCAGAGAUUUUGUUCGUCUCAUGUCAACAGUUAUUAUUAACGAACACAUCGCGUGGUCUGCUUGUGGUUGCAUGAAGCAACUGCUAGUUUUUCUACUUGCAUAGUGCCAUUUCAUCUCAGAUAACCCUUGAAAAUUCGUCAAAUUUCCCUGAGUUUUUUUUUUUUACCUGCCUAUUUAUACUAAUGGGAGGUAGUUUGUUCAAGAAUACAAAAUAAUGCCCCAGUCAGGGUUACUAGGACCUAGAACUAGGACCUCUCUAUCUGAGAUUAUUGUGUUAGUCUGAAGUUACCAAGUUCUCCUUAAUUCAUUCAAGCAGUCGCAAAGAAUGACCAAAAAAAUCCGGCGAAUGUUUUUAUUACAAAGCUUUCAAUUGUGUUCCCCGCGCAAGAGGACAGGCAUAAUAGCUCUGCAACAUUUUACUCAAUCAUCUGUAUUUUAUUUAUCACAGAUGCAAACCAGUGCACGUGUCAUACCAAUUUUACGAACAGCCCUUACACGAGAGCGCAGGUAGGGAACACGGGAGUGACGUCUUCUGGGAAGAUGUGAAUGUGGUCCUUCUUGGGACAUUAGACAAAAGUGGUCUCGCAGAGUACCUCCAGGGGCCCCAUUUCCAAAUCGAGGUCCACGACAGGGACCGUAAAAUCGAGCCAAAGAAACCCAAGCCCAGUUUGUUUGGUGAGAACCCGGAAGACGAGAUGAUCAAUAACGUUAGCUUGGUGGCAGGUAUGAUAAUUGGAGUUUUCACGAAGUGGAAGACUCCUUUUUUUUUUAGGAAAGCCUAUCGUUACAAUCGCAACUCGCGUAACACAACUGGAGAGACGGAGGUAAAAUCUGUUGAGAAACGUAUGACGACUAACGAGAAUCUUCUUCUCAAAGAGAAAAGUGUAGCGAUAUACAACAAUCAUUCCGCGUGAAACGUGAUACGUUUGCCAUGGAAGUCUCGCGACAAACCCAACGCCUCUUGAGAGAAACGAGAAUUGCAUCACGAGAACUGAUAAAUUCCUCGCGUGGUACUAGAGGGGAGGUUAUGGUCAGAAUUAAAGUGGACUUUAAUAUUUGAUAGCGGAGUUCGUAACACGCGCAGCGAAGCCCCAUACCUAAAAUAUAACUGUUCUUUGAUUUCAGGUCGUCGCACCACUCACAAUCCAUUCACAAGCCGUAAUAAGCCAUGGGACCCGUACGGCAUUGCCAAGUUUGAUCUGUCAGGGUUGUUACUAGGUCACAAGUAUCUGUAUCUAAGGUCGCCUAUCCACUGUUGUCCUCUGCCGGAUACUCGCUCAGGGCUAGAGAAACCAGAAGGACCCAUAUUGGGUCAGCCGGGAAAUGUGGACGCACCAGGUAUGGUAUUAGUAACUGAUAUAUGAUGACAGUGUUCGCGCGCUGCAUUCCGGAUCGAGAGAUUUAGGUUCGAAUCCUGGAUUUUGUGGUGUUUUCAUGGGAUAGACGUACACUCUGACAAUGCCUUUAUCUAUCCAGGAGUAUGAAUAGGUGCCGGUGCUCUGUCAGGGUUAUCGACGAAAUGUGUCGGGGAAGGCAGCUACCUGAAAUAGACUAACAUUUCAUCCAGGUUGAGUAACGAUACUUCUAGUUUCUUCUUGCUCUGAAAUCAGGGAUAAGGACUUGCAGGAGGUUAUCUCAGAGGGUUAUCCCUGGGGUUUAUCCCUGGGGUUUAUCCCAGGAAUGACCUGGGUCAUUAGCACUAGCCUUCCAUCCGGAGGGAGUAGCAAUGGUCGUAGUUGCCUCAUGCAACAGAACUGGAGUAAGCCCCGCCAGCUCUACGAGUUAGUCUCGUUUACAGACGUUUUCAUUUGUUGUGAAAUUUGAUUAUAUUUUAGAGGACAAACCCAUGCCUGUAGCUAACUAUCUGGAGGCUGGUAGCGAACUAAAAAUUAAGGUCGACUUGGCUUACCCUCUGAAUGCCACUGAAGAGGAGAAAAAAACUGACGAAUCUAUUGAAGAGGAAAUGGUAAGAAGAUAGAGAGAGAAAACUCGAUGGAAAUUAUUUCAUUGAGGCUUCUGUUUUCCCUUCUAUGAAUCAAACGAAUUAUUUCAUUGAACGUUUGCAGUUGUCUUAAAUCGCUUUUCUUGUGUAACGUUCCUUUUAUCUCUAUCCAGUGUCCAUUCGGUCGAAUUAUCUAUAUAUUUGAAUACAAGAACGCGCCUUUUCUCCGACAACUUCAGUCCGAGAUCACAGCUGUGAAUGCGGAGGCACUGGAACUAGAUACUCUUCCACAGCAUGUGAUCGAGGCCGCUCUCUCAACAUACAAGUUGUCCAAGUAAGUUUUUAGAGAAAUUUUCAAGGUUAGUCGCUUUUUUCAUCGAAAGAAUGGAUGUUGUAAUCCUUCAUAACUUAUAAUUAAAGUAAAACUGUAUUUUCUCAAAAUGGGCGUACGUUAGUUGGUGCGAGCAAUAAGAUUUUAAGCCAUUGUUGAUAUACCUUGUGUCAGGGAUCAGAGUUUUCUUGUUCAUUGGAAUGUUUAGUCGAGUCAGUGUGCAAGAUUUUUUCGUAUUUUCCUCUCCUUAUGCGUUCUGAAAACAGUGGGUUUUUUCAUAUCUUCUUUUCAGAGAACAGAGAAUAAAUAAGAAACUGGAUAUUAUUACGGGAUUUCAGGUGAGUUUGUGAUUUUUGUUGUUGUUCAAUUUAACAACCCUUAAUGUACUCAACAAUGGUUUGGAAAGAACUGAGUAAUAGAGCAAUUUUCAGUUGGUUGUCGACAGUAAUCAAGAACUGCUUUGGUUUUUGCCUUAGUCUGGGAUUGGUAAAGAAAACUCGCGCCACUUUCUCAACCAAUCAGAUUUAAAACUAAAGCAAAUCGCACCUUGGUAGUCCGCGUUUUCCCGCGCUUCAGGAAAUUGCUUGUUUUGCUUGAGUUUUCAUUGGCUCUUUGUGAUAUUUUCCUUCGUUCUGAUUGGCUGCUUUGAUAGCACUGGUUUUGGUUUUACCACACUCGAUCGAAAUGCACUCUAAACAGGAUGAAGACACUCUCAUUUUGUUUGAGACUAAUUUGCCUUUCCUUAUCAGUAUGCACUGUAGACAUGAAUCUAGCUUCAUUUUAUUCCUAUCGUUUUUAACCCAGGUUCUAGACGGCCAGUAUCAUAUAUUUGUGUUAGAAGGCUUGACAGAAAAAGGAGUAAGACGACUUUGGGAAAAACUUCCCAGGCCACAAGAGGAAGGUAGGAUAACACUACAUACUUUAGCCCUUUCACUCCAAUUCUCCUCACUGUCUGCCAUACAAUUUUGGAGAGUUUGGUAUUGAGUCAAAUAAGAAACCAGUCAAUAUUUAUCAACUGGGUAGGAGGAUCCCCCCUAUAAGCCUCUGUAAUGUUCUUAUAUCCUCCCCAUCAAUUUUCUAGAGUCCCCCUUUAUACUUUGUAGGCGGUGACAAGCCCCCCCCAGUGAUAAAUCGUGAUUGGUCUCUAAACAUUAAUUUUUUGGACGUUUAUGGACUGGUUUACUUGUUUAUACGACCAACUCAUAGAAACUCAAGGGAACACCUUACGUGCUGGCAUUUGUACCAUACUCACGCUUACUGAAAUUAUUUCUUCAGAUAUCACCAAAUUCAACGUUCUCUACAACUCUGACUUGAGAUCCCAUGAGCGGCUGUAUGCAGCGCUCGAUGUGGACUUGUGCCGAGUCAGACUUCACGAGCCACUGGAGGUCAUAGUCCAAAAUCCUUUGCUGUACGUCAGGGACCUGGUACCCAAACCUUGUUUUGAUGCACUGGCGAAACUUGAUCAGGUUGGUUUUUGGAAAAUUUGUUUGACAAAGAAACCUUUGAGUACUCGCAGACUGUGUUUCAUCGGUCAGUCGAGCGCGAACUAAAAAGAAGGGAAAAAAAAAAAGGAUUACACAAAAACUAGCACUAAGUGAGCAAGAAGUUCUCAGUCUUGCACUACCAUACUCAGCCUUCCCGCCACAGUCUUCUUCUUCAGUGAUCGCGCUCGACAAGCGGAAACGAUUUUUCCAAACACUGCGCUCCUAACGGUGCGACAUUUCAGACUCGUACUUCAACGAGGUUGUUUCUUAUGUUUUCCUUUGGAAUUUUGCGAGGGAUAUUUGCGCACAGGCGGCCAAAAUUGAUCCCCUCGCGCAUGCCUGACGUCUGAGCGCUACGUUCGUGAACGAAGAGGCAGUUUAGUUUUCUAACGUCCUUUUGCUCCUUUUUUUUAGAAAUACAGUAUUCCAUAGAUAUCUUAGUGGCUACGCCUUCCUGAGUUUCACAUCAGAAAACUAGUUGAUCACCGAUUAAACCGUUGUGUUUCAAUGACCCGUCUCUGUGCUUUAAUUUUCUUAGGUGUUGAAGCUAUCAAAACUCCGCGAAGUUUAUCGAAAUGAUUUGUUCCCAUCCGCUGACAUGAUCGUUUCUAUGAGCCGCGAAUUUGGAGUACCGCUGACCGCAGAAGAUUUUGGAGGUGCGUUUUACGUUAGUCACCUGGUCACCAUAACCAUUACAUCUAGUGAUACCUCACCCACCCCUCUACCCAAUCGCCGAUGAAAAGCACACCCACCCCCUAAAAAAUUCCCUUAGUUGCUGCCAAUUAAUAUUCGAAAUGAAGGUCUUUCUCGUAGAUUUGUGGCCCUACUCCUUUUUUGAUACAAAUACGUCCAGUGAAGGGAUUGUAUUUAUAGCGUAGCUCGUAGCGCGCGCAGCGAAGCCUCAUACUUAUUCUGGCUUAUCGUAUCCUAUUUUACCUGUUUCCCCCAUCAUAUUCACUGACUGGAGAAUUGUACUUUCUUGUUUGGCUGAAACUCACUCGCUUCUCUUUAAACUUUAAUUUUCCAGAUCUUCUCUCUUCUAUCUCUAUGCCUAUUUCUUCUUGGAUUACACGACUGCAUUUCUGUGUAUUCUUGCGGCUACAAGGAUGUAAAAAUCUCUUUUCUUCGCAUGGAAAUUCUUCCUGUUUCCAGCUACACUUGAAGUUGCUUGAAAGUUGCAGGACGUUCUCUUGUCUCUUGUGACUUGGAUUAGUGAUGCCACGCUCCGUGUCACUGAUGCCAAGUUGUGUUACUUCAAAGUCACGCUUUUUCUAAUGCGACACUUUCUCCAAUCUUUAUUAAAGGUAUCACAGAGCCUUUAAGAGGUCGCCUCUCUACUUUUUAAAGCUGUCUCUGAUUUCAAGAAUGAAAGAGAUCAGUUUGAUUUCUGCUGCGUAAAUAAUUUCUCUCUAACUUCUACUUUCAGAACUUGAAUCCAGCAGUGGCUCUCAAAUUGAGGAGGCUGGUUCAGGUAAAUUUCUGGAGGAGCCUCGACCCAGGACUACUCGACCAUGGACGCCCCUGUCACUUUAUAAUUCAGAUUACGUCGCGUUGGUUAAAGAAAGAGAAAGAGCUCUAGUAAAACACGACUUCAUCCGGGAGAACAUAGUAAGUCGAUGUAUUUCACUGUAGAAGUUUUUCUCAAAUGAAAACUUUUGGCCUUUAAGAUAUUUCUCAAAUGCAGUCAUUUUGACUUUUGCAAGUAAUCCGUGACUUUGGAGCGCUUUUCGAUUGAGUGGCUUAAAACCAAGCCAAAGUAAUCACAACGACCAAUCAGUUGAACUGCCCAAAGCGGGGGAAAACACGGGCGUCGAAGUUCGUGAUUGGUUUUAGUUUUGCAUUCGAUUAGUUGAGAGGAUUGUGCAAGUUUUUUUGGACCAAUCUAAGGGCGAAGUUAAGUUAAGCUGAAACAAAUGCAGUCUCAAAUUACUUUCGACCCUCCAUUGAAAAUUGCUUUAUCUAUCGUUCAAUUCGUUUAUUUCAGCUAAAAACGCAGGCAAAAGAGCCAAAGAGAAGAUCACAGACCAUCGCUGUGGAUAUGACUGAGCUGCAUCAGCAAACCGCACACAACUACAGUAUACAGACCUUGAAUUCCACAGAACUGGCUAAAGAGAAGCUAAGAAACGUACUUGAAAAGGUAUUUUAUUUGGUUUAAGUAGCCUUUUAAUUCGUUUUUCUCUCAGCAAGCGAUUUUUGAAAUGAAAUUUUUCUUUGACGAUAUUUUUAACGCGUUCAUUCUGCAACAGAACUUUUUGCCAAUCUUCACCUCACUCUACAUAUUUCACAGUUCCCUCUUCGCCUCACAUCUCAGACUUCACAUUUGACACCUCUCAGUUCUCAAUACACAUUUCAGAGUUUGCACUUUACACAUGAAACCAAUUCUCGAUUUAUUCUGUGUAAUUUGAACUAGCAUGUUGAAACAUGUGCAAAGAAUAAAUAAUAAAUAAUAAAAGUAGUGUGCAAAUUUUUAACAAUAGAUCCGUGCGCGUGAGUGAGAACGAUCGGAAAGAAGAUAUGAACUCUUGCAUAACCCAAGCCAAAUAAAACCCAACCAACUAAUCACGUUUCAAGGCCUUUUCACUAAGUUUUAAACGCGUUUUCGCCGUGUCCCAAACGCGUUUCCACCGUGUCCUAAACGCGUUUCCAGUGCAACUUAAACGAGUGUUUUCCUGUGUCAAACAUGUUUUUACUACGUUCAAUGAGUUGUCAUUUUGUAAUUCAAUAGGCUUGGAAAUUUGAGUAUUUGUUGACUUAUCUAUUUGUUUUCCUUUUCUCAUAGGACAGAGAUCGCCGUUUCACUUACUGUCCUAUGUACAACUCGGCCACAGUUCUUCCUAUUCAUCCAGAAACUGUCAAGAAGCAAGAUUUUCUCUCCUCCAAGAAACUGUGGAGAACAGAACACGGAUUCAUUUUCCCAGGAAAGAAAACCUCGUUGGUUUCAAAUAUUCACCCUAGGAAACCCGACUUGGCCCGAGUAGACGAACUUCGCAAGGUAUGGAAAAACAUAGUGACGAACCUUACUUGUUUUUCUGAUAUUUGCUCAGAAGCUGUUGUCUUUUUUUUUUUUGCAUUAGUUCUAUUAAAAUUCCACGGGCUGAUCAACCUGUGGGGUGUUUUCAUGGUAACUUCACCCUUAAUCCCUUAGAGUUGGCAGCAUCUAACGUAGCUCUACGAUAUCACCACUAGAUCAACCAUUACGGUCACAAGAAUAAAGGAAAUGAUCGCCAAAAAUAGAAGCCCUGGAUUUAGAUUGAGAAACAAAUUCUCCAUGUCAGUAUGAUAAGAAAUGUUGGGGAACAGUAUGGAGAAUACACAAACUGACAUGACUAUGUAAAGGUUUUGGGGACAAAUUCAUCUUUGUCAUUGAGUGCCUCUUUGAGGGGAGCUUUUCGUGAUGGAAGCAGAAAUUUUUCUCAUCUUUUAUCUUCCCUUAAUGGGAGACAUAAUGUUUCUUUUUAUUAUCAUUCUAGCCAUGGAAGGAGAACAUUUUACACGCCAACAUUCUUAAACCAACAGUAGAUAGGUAAGAUUGUCCAACGACUUGCACUGUUUCGUAGCUUUCUAGUUGAUGAUCAAACACUAAAGAUACAGUCUACAGUUAGAACCACCUUGUAUAUCAUAGGCGAUAGCACCACAUAGACGAAAUGCUCAGUACUGUGUUUAUGGGAAUGGCUACACGUUAGGGUUUUCAUGCACAGAGUGAAACUUUUAGAGCCUCCUUGUUCAGCGUAGCAAACAAUACCAAAGUAAAGAACUUUUCAAUUUAGUAUUAUCAGCUGAGUUGAUUACGUAAAUUGGCCAAUGUAAAGAGUUUCAAAGCUGACGUUUCGAGCGUUAGCCCUUCGUCAGCGCUAACGCUCGAAACGUCAGCUUUAAAACUCUUUACGGUGACCUAUUUACGUUGUCAACUGAGUUGAUAAUACUAAAUAAACCUUUUAUACUCUCUCAUCGACGCAAGCACCACAUUUUCUUUAGAAACUUACCCCCUUUCAUUUGAAUGUAGCUUUUAUUUGAAUGGUUGUACAUCAAAAAGUAAAAACUAAAAUGUAAGAACCACCUUGUACAAGAUGAUAAGCGGUACCAUAUGAAAGAGCUGCCCGGUAGCUUUCAUUUGAAUUGUCACACUUGUCAAUUAGGACUAAGCCACUGACUCAGGCCCCGUUCAGACCAGUUACCCGUUCCGCGGUAACGUCCCCAGGCACCAAAAUGGACGUUUUUCAGACCCCCGGUUCCCUGGAACGAGUACUAUCUUCGCAAUCGUCCAGAGGGCUUGGUGUACAGCAUUGCAUUUGUAGUGUGUGAUUUGUAUUCACCAUUUUUAGUACCUGCAUUAUGGGAAAAAACGCAAGAACAGACGAAAACGUGUCUAGACAAGUUCCCAAGCCCGGGAACAGUGCCUGAGUUUUACCCCUGGGGGAAGUGCCCGUGCCUGGGCAAGGUGCUCAGAUUUUUUCUCUGGCACCAACCAAAGAUUACAUAAGGACUAGUGCCUGUUUCCAAGAACUGAGCACAGGCACCUAGUCUUAACAGGGCCUUAAAUAUUACAACCAGUUUUCAAAUGUUUUUUCACGUUUUUAUCUAACAUUGACUUUUAUGUUCUUUCUUAACCAGGGAGAACUUCCCCUGGGAUUAUAGAGAUGCUGAUCUGAAUUUACUUUCCCUUCCUCCUCCGUUCUUUGACAAAAAUCCAUGUUCGUCAGUUCACGCCGCCGGCGACACCAAAGAACAAGAACAAGACGAAGCUGACAUGGAGACCACGCGCCAAUGGCGAGAUAGAAUCGUUGUGGACGAUACAAUAUUUCGUAUGCAUCGUUGUCUACCAGAGACUGAACUCAAAGACAGAGGCGCUAAAGCUUCGAACCAACUGGCAAAGCUGGAAGGACUUUUGAAAAAUUACCCCCAAAAACUUUCGCUUUCAAGAGAAGGACUCACUUUGGAGGAGAUUCCACCACUAGCUGUGGUGGUGAAUCCUAGUGUGGAUACUCUUGCGAGGAAAACCGGGAAAUUAGUUCCCAUUACAAUGGACCACAAGGAAGAAAGAAACUGGGGAUUUUAUCCGGGACCUUUUGAGGACGAGGGCUGGCUCGUGGAAAAGAAUAAGAUCCCAAUACCAGAUCAGGAACACGAAAGGUUUAAGACCCUUAGGGGCCAUGAUUUCAGGUACUUGACUUGAAUAGUGAUAGAUGUGUAGCGUUUAUGAUAAAUUAAUUGAAAAUUCAAAUUUGAGAAGCUCCUAAACGCAGCUAAAACUACCGCUGAUAACACAAAUCUGCCCAUAAAGGAAUGUUACUCAGCUAUUUUGUUUUCUUUCUUUGUUUCUUUCCUUCUCGGAACUUUUACAACUUUUCUGAAAAAGGGGAGCUGUUCAUGGCGUAUUAGCAAUUUCGCUGUUUCGAGCUCUUUAAUCAGCGAUUCGAAGCACGUGAGCAAAUUUCCUCUCUCAAGUUUUAUCUAUUUUAUUGAUUUUUUUUAAGCCAAACGAAGAACGCCCUACAUGCAGUUAAAGUAAUCAACACAUAAUAUCACGCGUUUUAAAAUUUUCCAAAAUUGAGCCUUUAGAGUGGCGCUUUAUGUGCAAUCGUUUUACACAACCAGUCAAACUACGCGUUAGCUUAACAUUGGGAUCUCUGCAGGUUAGCGGUACAGCAUCGGAGCGAGUGACUAAACAAAUAAACACUUUUCUUUUUUUUCUUCCUUAACCAGGUCAUAUCACAAAGACAAAGAUAUCCUCUGUCGCCGUCCUAUCGAACCUUUGAAAGAUGACGAAAAAGACAAUCACCUUUUUCCUGUUGCGGAUAUCUGCAGUUAACAAAGGCUGAUAAAUCACCUUGAAAACGAUUAUAAUUAUCACCGUGUUCGAAGAAAAAGAAAAGUAGAAAAAACAGACAUUUCUGUACUAGUGUGCUUUAUCGCAUUUGUUAGCGCUGUGUUGUAUCAACUCGCUCUGAGUGAACCAACAUUUCUCAUACAGAAGAAUUUAUUUCACAAAGCUUGUUCAUAAGUUUAUUCUAAAGUAUUGGUUCUAUGUACAAAUGCAAUGUUAUAUUUGACCCGCUUUGAUGUAAUUCA